AUGCCUGUCGUCAACGUGGAUGAUCUUAUCUGCAUUCUCGCCCACGUUGAUCACGGUAAAACAUCCUUGACGGAUAGUUUGAUCGCCACCAAUGGCAUCAUCUCACCAAAGCUGGCGGGUAAGAUCCGCUACCUGGACUCCCGUCCAGAUGAGCAGCUACGAGGAAUUACGAUGGAGUCCUCUGCCAUCUCUCUCUUCUUUUCUAUGAUGCGUCGUCCUGCUCCUGACGCUGCGCCGGUCCCUAAAGAGUACCUGAUCAACCUGAUCGACUCGCCUGGGCAUAUCGAUUUCAGCAGUGAGGUGUCGACCGCUUCGCGCCUUUGCGAUGGCGCUGUGGUGCUUGUUGAUGCCGUAGAGGGUGUCUGCAGUCAGACGGUCACGGUGCUGCGUCAAACCUGGGUGGAGCAACUGAAGCCUAUCCUGGUUAUCAACAAGAUUGAUAGACUAGUUACUGAGCUGAAGAUGAGCCCUAGCGAGGCCUACUCCCAUAUGAGCAAGCUGCUGGAGCAAGUCAAUGCUGUCAUCGGUAGUUUCUACCAGGGUGAACGGAUGGAGGAAGACCUUCAGUGGCGAGAGCGCAUGGAAGAGCGUGCUAAUGCAUCUGCUGCUCGCGACAAGGAUCGCUCCAACGACGAGCCUACGGCAGAAUUUGAGGAACGGGAUGAUGAGGAUCUUUACUUCGCACCCGAGAAGAACAACGUUAUCUUCUGCAGUGCUGUCGAUGGCUGGGCGUUUACUAUCCGUCAGUUUGCGGUAAUUUACGAAAGGAAACUUGGAAUCAAGCGCGCUAUCCUCGAGAAGGUUCUCUGGGGAGAUUACUAUCUUGAUCCGAAGACAAAACGAGUCCUAGGUCAGAAGCACCUGAAAGGCCGUGCUUUGAAGCCCAUGUUCGUUCAGCUUGUGCUGGACAGCAUCUGGGCGGCAUACGAGGCUACAACUGGUGCAGGAACAGGAAAAGGCGACCCGGCUUUGUUAGAAAAAAUCACCAAGUCCCUGAACAUCAACAUCCCCGCGUAUAUCCUACGCUCGCGCGAUCCGAAGAACAUCAUGACGACUCUGUUCUCGCAGUGGCUGCCUUUGUCUACUGCCGUCCUGGUGUCUGUUAUUGAAUAUCUUCCUAGCCCGCCCGCUGCUCAAGCAACUCGACUGCCAGCAAUGAUCGAAGAAUCCCCCGGUUCUCAGUUUGUGGACCAAAAAGUGAAAGAUGCGAUGAUCAACUUCAAAACAGAGAAGGAUGAGCCCGUCAUCGCCUACGUCAGCAAGAUGAUGGCCAUUCCGGAGAGCGAACUGGUGUCGAGCAAAAAGCGAGCUGGUGCCGCCAUGUCGGCCGAUGAAGCUCGGGAGAUUGCUCGCAAGAAGCGAGAGGAGAUUGCGAAGAUGCAGGCGGAAGCCAACGGUGACCAGGCUGAUGACUUUUCUCGCAUAACAUCGGCGUUCGAACGGACAUCCCUAUCCGAUAACCAGACGGCUGAUGACGAAGAGAAGGAAGAUCCCGAACAUCUCGUCGGAUUCGCACGUCUUUACUCCGGAACGCUCUCAGUGGGGGAUUCUGUAUACGUUCUCGCGCCCAAGUUCUCGCCAGAGAACCCUCAUGCCAGCCCUGAGCCUCGGAAGGUGACUGUCACCGACCUGUACCUGCUCAUGGGCAGGAGUCUUGAACCUCUCCAGUCGGUGCCUGCCGGUGUCGUCUUUGGUAUUGGCGGUCUCGCAGGCCACGUUCUCAAGACAGGAACCCUGUCCUCGCAGCUCGAAGGCAGCAUCAACUUGGGUGGUGUCUCACUCAACACACCACCGAUUGUUAGAGUUGCCCUGGAGCCGACGAAUCCAGCAGACCUGAGCAAGAUGGUCACUGGCCUCCGCCUCCUUGAACAAAGUGACCCUUGCGCGCAAUACGAGGUCCUUCCCAGCGGCGAGCAUGUCAUUCUGACCGCUGGUGAACUGCAUCUCGAACGUUGCAUCAAGGACCUCCGUGAGCGCUUUGCCAGAUGCGAAAUCCAAACCGGUCAGACCAUUGUACCAUACCGGGAAACCAUCAUCAGCGCCCCGGAGAUGGCACCCCCAAAGAACUCUGAGCUAGGCAGAGGAGGCAUCCUGGCCGUUUCCCCGUCGAAGCAACUGACCAUGCGCCUCCGCGUGGUCCCGCUUCCCUCAGCUGUAACGGAGUUCUUCUCGAAGCACGUGGGAACCAUCAAGCGUCUCCAAACUGAGAAGAGAACAGCCGCGGAAGCCCAGUCCAGCGAAGAGACCACCAAUGGCACCACCGAGAGCGAAGCCAGCGACGCCACAGACGAGGCCCUCGAAUCGACAUCUCUCUCCCUAAAAGACUUCAAGCAAGAACUUAGCAAGAUCUUCGACGAAGAAGUCACCGAUGACAAGGGACUCUGGAAGGACGUCGUUGACCGAAUCACUGCCUUUGGACCGAGACGCAUUGGUCCUAACAUCCUUGUCGAUGCCACAGAGGUCAACACCUGCGAGAAAUUCCUCCUCGAAGAUCCCAAGCAACAACCCACCAUCAACGCAGACACCAGCAGCCGCGAAGCCCUCUUCGUCCGAGACUUCUGCGACAAGAUCGCGCAUGCUUUCCAACUGGCCACCGGCCAAGGCCCGCUCUGCCAGGAACCGAUGCAAGGCGUGGCGGUCUUCCUGGAAGACCUGUCCGUCAACGCCAGCGACGAAGACCUGGACCUCGGCCGUCUGACCGGCGAAGCCAUCCGACUCGUCCGCGACAGCAUCUCGCAAGGCUUCCUAGACUGGAGUCCUCGAAUCAUGCUCGCCAUGUACAGUUGUGAAAUCCAAGCCUCAACCGAAGUCCUGGGCCGUGUCUACGGCGUCAUAACCCGGCGUCGCGGCCGCAUCCUCUCCGAAAUCAUGAAAGAAGGCACCCCCUUCUUCACCAUCCUGGCUCUCCUCCCCGUCGCCGAAUCAUUCGGCUUCGCCGAAGAAAUACGCAAACGGACGUCCGGUGCCGCACAACCACAACUUAUCUUCGCGGGCUUCGAAGCCCUAGACGAGGAUCCGUUCUGGGUGCCGGCCACGGAAGAGGAGUUGGAGGAUCUGGGCGAGUUGGCGGAUCGCGAGAAUGUCGCGAAGAGGUAUAUGGAUGCUGUACGGAGGAGGAAGGGGUUGGUGGUGCAGGGUCGGAAGUUGAUUGAUGCCGAGAAGCAGAAGACGUUGAAGAAGUAG